GCGAUCGUCACUUUUCAUUUUCUUGGUCGUCCAGCAUGCACACGAUGCCAAUGACCGCAGCGUACUUUUGUGGCAACCGGCACAAGGGUUCAUGGUCGGCGCUUGAAGACAUGCAGCUCAACAUAGCCAUGGUGACGAUGCCACGUGCCCCGUGGCGGCGAGUCGCGCAGUGCGUGCCCACGCGCAGCACGACCCAAGUUCGCAUCCGCGGCCUGCGCCUCGAGCGCCUCGCGGGUCUUCCACCGCGCCCGCGCCUCCAAACCAGUUUCAAGGAGUCCGACACCACGGUAGAUAUGGCCUUGCCGGAUUCGCUCGUACCGCACACGCCAUGGUCGGACGACGAAGCGCAGGACCUCGUGUCGACGUUUACGCCGGCGCAAUGGAAAAUUGUGACGGCAUGGCCACCCGUGAAGCUGCUCGACGGUACGCUCGAAGAGAAAGACGUCAACGACGGUAGCAUCAACCAUGGCAUCCCGCCUGAUGAGCCGUGGUUGCUUCAGUCGUCCGAGCUCGAUGAGCUGUGGGAAGCUCUCUUGGAAUUGGAAGUCGAGGAUCAUGUCCUCGUGAAAAUCGAGCCCAUCGAGGUCUAAGCACUAAUACUAGUAUUCUUUAUCAUUCUACGCCUUCCACUCGUGGUUGGUUGAUCUGCGA